GCCCAGUGGAGACCCGCGCGCGAUGACGUUCCCCCGCGGGCCGCUCCAGCUGCCAGCACGACUCGCCACGGCUGCUCGCGCGCUCUGACUGUCGAGAAAAAAACAAAAGAACAAUAGACGUUCUCUCUCUCCCGACCUCCUCUGACGAAUAUCUUCUCGAUCGGAAUGCCGUUGCGUUGACGUCGCGUUGCCCCUGUACACAGUCGCGUGACCUUCGUCUCUCGAGAGAAGCUAGCCCGGUACCAGUCACUCGCGUGCCUACCUCUUCCAAACGCAACCGCGAGUUAGACAGGCGCCCGCGAUGGUGGUGAGAGCUUCGCGCUGGGUGACCACGGCGCUGUGCGUCCUCUUGGGAUUUGCUGCACACGGUGGGCAGUGCCUCAAGGACGUGCGCUUCCGCGUGCAGCCUGCGGUGGUGGAGCGCGGCCGGCCGGCCUCCCUGCUCUGCGAGUACGACUUGGAAGGCGCGCCUCUGUACGCCGUCAAGUGGUACCGCGGCCGGCUCGAGUUCUUCCGCUACUCGCCGAGCGAGCGGCCCGUCUACAAGAUCUUCCCCUUCCCCGGCAUCUCAGUCGACCUGUCCUCGUCUAACGCGACGCAGGUCGUGCUGAAGUCUGUGGGGCUGAGCCUGUCUGGCAACUUCAGCUGCGAGGUGACAGCCGACGCCUCCUUCCUCACCAAGACGGUGUCCGCCACCAUGCACGUGGUUGCGCUGCCCGAGGGUCCGCCCACGCUGGUGGCGGAGCGCGAGCGCUACUACCCGGGGGACCUGCUGAGGGCCAACUGCACGGCGCCCCCGUCCAGGCCGGCGGCGCACCUCUCCUUCUACAUCAACGACGAGCCCGUCGGCAGUCGAAGACCCGACCUCAGCAUCAAGGAGCUGCCGGAGGACGAGAGCCAGUCGCCGUUCCAGCAGCGCUCCAGCGGGGCGUCGCUGCGCGCGCGCCUGCUGCCGUCCGACUUCGCGGAGGGGCGGCUGUCGCUAAAGUGCGCCGCCGAGGUGGCCGACAUCUACUUCCAGGCGGCCGAGCUCCAGCUGGGCAGCCGGCCGGAGCCCGUCCCGCAGCGCGUUACGGCUUCGAACCGCACCGCUACUGCUGCUGCUACGUCUUCUCGUGCUGACGUCACAGCUUCCCUGCUCGUGGUGGCUGCCACAGUCUACGUCGGUUUCUUCAGGUAGCCACCGGCGGCAGCACAUGCGCCUGGCAGGCAGUGAAGCCGCACGGGCUUCAAGUGAGCCACAGAGAAGAAUCCUGAAAUGUGGAAAGAUGGGAGGGAGUAAUUUGUACCUAAUGAAAUGAACAAUUUUUAUGGAAUCAGCGAUGUGUAUGAUGAAAAAGAAACUUGUAUACUGUGCUUUAAAAUUGUUUUAGUUUCAGAGGUCAUUAUGUAUGUAGAAAAUUGAUGUAUGUAGAUCCCAGUAAGUCCUUAAAUCUAUGAUAUAGGCAUUGUGUAAAUUAGUUGUUACACAAGCAAUUCGCUAUGCGUUAUUACCUUUAGAGUUUGAUGUUCGAAAAUGUGAUGCCAAGU